AUUCUGGCGCUCUGCGUUUCCCAACACAGGCGCGCGCGUGCACACGCACUCGGAAACGUAGCCUAUAUUGUGUGAUGCUGAUCCACACAACAAUAAACACUAGGCAAUUAUUUCAUCUCUCUUCUGGAUCAAUAUUUUCAGCUUAUUAAUAUGAAAUCGAUGCUGUUGUAAUAUACAACCAUUGCUUAAAGAAAAAGCUGGAGAAAAGCAUACCGCCCUUUGCAAUGAGGUAAACAUCAUUCCCGUCUACGACUAGCAGCUGAAAUUCCUGUCCAUUUGGGUGUGACCUGUUUCAGUCUCUUUAACCCGUCUCUUCUGGCCACUGUGACCCCUCACUUCAUCUCCAUGUUUACUUUGUGGUGAGAUGAGAGGGAUGUUGUUCUCUGUGACUCUCCAUCGCCUCCUACUGGCAGGAGUCUGUCUCUGCAUCUACAGCACCCCAGUCCCGACACUCCAGAAAUACACCCCCUCCUCACAGGACAGGGGCUGUAAUGGACAAGCCGGGGAGCCAAUGAAGGGAGAGCCCUGUAUAACACAAGCAACGCCUGCCAGUGUCUCAUCGCAGAGUGUUCAAUCUGGGCCUUCUGGUCCCGGCAGACCGUCCUAUAGGAUGUCAGAACACCUGACUGGCAACUUUACUUAUCUAUCGAAGAUUGUAGGAGCAAGGGGAGGCACUGUCCCAGAUGUGGAGGGAAGCAAACCAAGGGGGAUAGAGCCAUUGACACAGACAGAAAAUGGGGACAGUAGGGGGGGUGUAUCUGGACCAAGAGAGGUUGGGACAGGAGCUAAGAGACAGAGGAGGGAGGCAGAGCAUGUAUUUGAGGAGAUGGAGACUCUCAGACAGCCAGUAGAAGCUCAAGAACUCAGAACAGAUAAAACUAUGGAUGCUGCCACAACAGCCAGAGGCUCAGGGUCAGAUGGCCAGACAGGGAUGCACCCACCUGGGGAAAGGAGAGACCUCAUCCUGGAAGAGAGGCCAGACCUCCAGGGAGGAGAAGUGGAGCACCGACAGAGCUUGCCUGACCCUGGAGCUGUUCUUCUGGGGCACGAGAUAGAGACAAGACGACCGAGUUCCCUAUCUCCCCGUAGCCUUCUCACACACUCACCUUUGACCUCCGUUCCGCCAUCCGCAUGGGGAUCCAGAGAAGCUUCAUCACUGCUCCCUAGUGGUCUGGAGGAUGCAGGCCACGCCACUCUGCGGCCCCAGGAUGGAGAUACAGCGCCUGCACUUCCAGACCCCUUACUGCCUGACCUUGGACCAGCCCUAACAGGCUCCUCAAGACAGGAUGAUCCUGACAGCCUUUGGACCGAACCACUGCAGCAAAAUGGAGCUGCGGAUGCAAGUCCUUCUUCCUUACAGGAAGCGGCCACAGAGAGUACGAUGUCUUCGGAGGACCUCCCUCUCAUCUUCGACCCCUUUGAUGAUCUCACACCUGAAGGGGCGGAGAUAGCAACGGCUACUCUCUCGCCUGGCAACUCACAGCCAUCUGUUGCCAUAGCUACUACGGGGAUGCUGCUGUCGGAAGCGGAACUCGACCAGGUGGUCACUGCAGAUGCAAACAACUCAGGGCCAUCCCGUGUCCCACCCCCUGUGCUGCCAGAUUGGACGUCGCCAUGGCAGACAUCCGGGGCUGAUAUAUCUGAGCCUAUCAGCCCCUCUGGUCCACCUAUGGACUCCCCCUCGUCAGAGACAGAACAGCUAGUACACCAGAUUGACAAAGGUUAUGAGACCAAGCACACAGAGAAAGCCCCGCCCACCUCUGAACCCAAGCUUCCAAGCACCACCUCCACACAGAUUACCAUGACAAUGUCAGCAAUGUCAACCAGCAUGCCUGCAACCAAAUCUGGUCUGGAGGAACUGGAGUCUGAAGAGGAGCUAGAAGAGGAUGAGGAGGAUGAGAAUACGGAGGAGUCAGAAGAAGACAGCGAAGAGGACCUGAAUGAGCCCCCUGUGCCGGCCCCUACCCGAGCUCCUUACAGCCUCAUCCCCCCACCCCCUGUCUGGGUGCAGCGGAAUCAAGGCCUGAUGCGUAGCUGGGUGGAACUAAUCAGAGAGAAGGCAGGAUAUGUGUCUGGGAUGUUGGCCCCUGUGGGCAUAGGCAUCGCAGGGGCCUUGCUCAUCGUCGGGGCCCUCUACAGCAUCAGGAUGAUUCACCGUAAGAGAAGGAACAGCUUUAAACACCAGCGCAGGAGGAAGGUCAGACACACUGAGAUGAAGACACCGGAGACGUUCUUUCACAUCAGUGCAGAUGAGCCACCCAGGGAGCCAAGCAGCAACGGUCAGGACCAAGCAAUGCUGUUAGCUGACAGCUCUGAGGAUGAGUUUUGAUCCCACCAAUCAAACGUGGCCCGCAUUUCCAUCACAUCUCCAUGACUUCCACGUCACCAAUCACAGCAGGCCAUAUGGCUAUGAGUCGUCACGGUAUAUGACUGCCCUACUGACAGACUGAUGGGUAUUUGAAAUGAAAAUUAGGGUUCAGUGUUUGCACACCCAUGAAGUGGGACACCUGGUAGAGACCACCUGCACUAAGUUGAACCUACAAUGUUUGUCUCCCGAACCCUCUUUUUCAAUGACUUGCGAUGUAUUACAAGAGACGCCUCCUUUCCUUGUCUCCAAUCCCACAGGGUGUAAUUUCAGAAAGGAUGCCGCGUCAGACUAGAGAUGCCGUUAGGUCCUGAUGUCAGAUUGACACAUCCUUUACUACUGUACAUAAUGCAUCUUAGAUACUUCAAAUAGGUACUCUACUACUGUACAUAACACAUCUUAGAUACUUCGAUAUGUACUCUACUACUGUAGAUAACAUCUUAGAUACAGAUGAAAAAACAAAGCUAUUGGCGCUGGUGUACAAUGCAAUAAUGGACUGCAAAUAUGAACAGCCAUUCUUUUAAAAUGUUCAAAUGUUGGAGUUCAUCAUCCUCCUUUAAAAGCAUGUAGUAAGAACCUGCUCUUGUGUCUAGUUCAAGUAACAAUAUUCCUCUUGUUUUUCUUCAGUGCAUGGCAAGUAAGCUCUUUCAUAACCGUAUAUACAAGGUUAACACUUAUUCAACCAUCUCUACCAGUGAAAAGGCUAUCAACAGUCUUUACAUCCAUUUACAUGCAGAGGGACAAUUUGUAAACAGAGCCUCUUGAAUUUUUCACCCAACCUCCCCCAUCAGGAACUUUACUCACUGCCUGACAAACUACUCACUUUAUUGAUUUUAGUUGGGACCUGAAAGAACGGUGCAUGUAAAAACGUAAGGUUCAGAUGGACACACCUGUAAUGGAAACAGAACUUCCGUUAGGUGAAACACUUCAUGUAGAUCAGAGCUGGGCACUAAACCGUUAAUCCGUUAAUUAACAAAUGUAACAUCGUCGUUAACGAUUUAACAUCUAAGUUAAUGGUGUCUGACUAAUUAACUUCUGUUACAUUUAACUUCUGUGAACUAAAUUCCGCUAACCCAAAAACUGCAUAAAUAUACUUUAAAACCCUCUAGAGCUGAGGUGUCCAAACAGUUCCAUUGAGGGCUGAGGUUUUCACUCUCACCUUGUACUUGAUUGAGUUUCUACCCUUACCUGGUUGUUUGGGUCUGAACUGGGAACCAACUUGUAGGAAAAAACUAAAACCUGCAGACAAUCAGCCCUCUGUGGAAACAGUUUGACACCCCUGCUCUAGAGUCUAAACCAGUUUUUUGCUUCAGUCCAGAAUGGGGAAUGAGACCAAAUCCAAUGCUUGCUGUGCUGAAUAUCUAGAUGCUAUUUUCAAAGUCAAAAAUGUAUUUCUCUGCAGUAAGAUAGUAGUCUCAAGGCUUCUGUAUGAAGGUCAAGAGCAAAAGAAACACUCUGGAGCCCUCAUAUUUCUUGCGAGCAGCUAUUCUUGUGUUGUAAACAUCAUCUGUGAUUGGCCAUCAAAGAAUGUCUCUCUAGUAUCUGUGAAAUGGAUUGGCUAUUCAUUAUUAUGCUGGGGCAAAACCUUCCAAUAAUGGAGUAACUUCAACAUCAUUUUACAUUGCGUCGCCUUGACGGAAAAGGACAAAUGUAAUGUCAUUAGAUGUUUUUAAGCAAAAAAAGUUAUAAAAAUGCAUGUUAACGUUUAUCGCCAACUUCUGUUACAUUUUUAACGACAUCACGGUUAUCAAACUUUUUGGUGAACGGAUUAAAAAGUGAACUUUUUGAUUAAUUGUGCCCAGCUAUGAUGUAGACAAAGCCAAACUUCACAUUAUUAGUCAUUUCUGUGAUUGAUGCAUUUGUCUGCUUUUAAGCACUAAAUAACAAAAAGUGUUUUUAAAAAUCCAAUUCAGUGUAAUUAAGUAAUAUUACAUUGUAUAGUAGUCAUUCUUUUGAUAUGUCACAUUUUGUGCAACCAUCACCUUGUAGGUUGCUUGAGAUUUUUUUGCCUAUGAAUAUGCAGUGACACCUGAUCAUUGAUGGGUUCUGUAAAAUGAUGGCCACACUUUCUUUCAGUAAAUACCAAAUGUGCAGUAUUGACCAAUAAAGAUAUCUU